UAUUGGUUGGUUAGAAGUUAAGAAUUUGUCGAGCUUUACUUCCGGUUUUUUAGACAGGUGCUGCAUUAUGAUGGGUUAAUCAUUAAUCAUAUUUAUAGUUUAGUAAUCUGUAGAAAAAAAAUAGGGCAUCAUUAUUCAUUUCUAGCGUGAUAAUUUAAUUCAUAAGAAUUUAAUGUUGGUAAUACCGAACCAAGUCUACUGUCCGGUGUGUUACCGCUGAGUUUUGAUGGAGGGGUCGUAUCAUAAGUUGAGAUGUCGUAGAGCGAGAUCAUGAUGACACAGUAUUUGCACUCACUGCGAGAAAAGGAGAGUAAUUGUGUGCUGUCUUGCGGUUAUGUUUAUCGAAAUCGGGUAGGAGUGGACACUUUCAGAAAUUUAGGCCUACAUUUUAAAGUUAAGUCUUGAUACCGAAUCGGAAUAGACAAUUAUUGAUGCUUCGAUAGGGCAUUGGUCCGUAUCAAUCAACAUGGCUGACCAUCUUGUGGACGGGCCUCCGAGUAAACGGCAGAAGCUUAUCGAGUCGACGCUGUCAUCUUCGGAUUCUGCAGAUUAUAACAUUGUCAAGCUUUGGGAUAUUGAAAAUGAACUUCCUGAAGAACUUUCUGAUAAGUUGGAAUCUGAUAUGAGUCCCCAACUCUCUACUACUGUUUCUGGUCAAAGUAUGCAAAAUGGUGCAAUUGACUCAUCAGGUUGUCAAGUUGAAGGUGCUGGAGGAAACAGCAUUGUUGCUCAACGACAUCAACAGCUUUCACAGUUUUUACAAAAUAAAGCCAACCAAAGUCAGAGUAAUAUAAGGAAUUUUCAGAGUCAUGUUGGCAUACCUGUUGUCAGCCAAACCAUUCCCAAUUCUAAUAUACCUUUACAUAAUGUUAAUAUGACCAGUUUAAAAAAUAUUCAAACGAAUAACCUUUCUACUUUGACUGCCAACAAAGGGGGAACAAGUGUGUCUAGUGUACCUCACAAUAUAAUUGUAAGUAAUGAUAGUAUGACAAGCAUAGCUAAUAGUUUAGUAAAUAGUAAUUUGAAUAGUGGAUCAAAUGCUGUUGGUUUGGUUGGGGGUAUUUCCUUAGGUAAAACAGGAUCACUAAGUUCACAGGGCAAGUUACUUACCACAGUUACCUCUGCGAACUCUACAGGCACUUUGCCAUUGCAACUACAACAGACUCCUCAACCAAGACUUCCUCAAGCUCAGCAAUAUGUCAUAGGUACCACACGAAUCAUGAAUGGUCCUCGUAUCCCUCUGAAUAAUAUAGGUAGUGCAAGAAUGUCAAGGAGUGUUGCUCCAGACAUGGCCCAGACAGCGACUCACAGUAAUAUUUUGGCAAAUGUACCUUCACAUCAUACAACCCAGCAAAAUUCUCUAGGUCAUCAUCUUGGAAACACAUCUAAUACCACAUCUAUGAUGAAGCAUGGCCAGCCACAACAACAAGCAGUAUUGUCUGGAAAUAUUAUUGGGUCUCAGACUCCAGCACAUGGAUCAUCUACAAAUACUCUUUCUAUGCCAACAGUCACAACUUCAAAUGUCAGUUCUCAAAGUGGAGGGACUCAUACUACUGAUCCAGAAAAGCGUAAACUGAUUCAACAGCAAUUAGUGUUGCUUCUUCAUGCUCAUAAAUGUCAGAGGCGUGAAAAUCAAGCUAAUGGGGAAAUACACCAGUGUUCUCUUCCUCAUUGUCGAACCAUGAAACAUGUAUUGAACCACAUGACAACUUGCCAAGCUGGAAAAACAUGCCCUAUUCCCCAUUGUGCAUCAUCCCGACAAAUUAUUUCUCACUGGAAGAACUGCACUAGGAACGACUGUCCUGUAUGUUUACCAUUAAAGCAGGCUUCAGACAGAAAACAACAACCUUCUGGGGCUGCUGUACAACCAAAUCAAGGUCCAGCACCUGCUGAUAUGCAACGUGCCUAUGCUGCCUUGGGACUACCAUAUAAUGGUAAUGGGCACACAAAUUUUGGUCAAGUAUUGCAGCAUAGUAAAGGUGUGCGGUUACCUCUUCCUAUGAAAGAUUUGCAAAGUUUGGGAGUAUUAGCUUCAAAUCAACAACAACAAGGACAGUCCCAAGAGAACCAGCUUAGAGCAGUUACACCAAGCUCAAACACCCAGGAUUCUCAAGGGUUCAGUACAGCUGAAGGUGCGCAAAUGAAUCUUGCGGGUAAGAAUAUGGUAUCUGGUGGCACGGCUUCAUCUGGUAGUCUUUCAGGAGAUGUAGGUAAUCAGAUAUCAACAGUUGUGCAAGGUUCUAUGCCACAACCUGCCUCUGGAUCCAAAAUUUGGCACCAGUCUGUAACUCCUAACCUACGACAUCAUUUGGUCCAAAAAAUAGUACAAGCAAUAUUUCCGACUCCUGAUCCUUCAGCCCUUCAGGACAAAAGGAUGAUCAAUCUAGUCGCUUAUGCUAGGACUGUGGAAGGUGUAAUGUAUGAAAAAGCCAACAGUAGAGAAGAAUACUAUCAUCUUUUAGCAGAAAAAAUUUAUAAGAUUCAGAAAGAAUUAGAAGAAAAGAGACAAAAGAGGAAAGAACAACAGCAACAAGAUCCUCUUCGGCAGACAAAUCAGACUGGAAGUAGUGCUGUGCAAUUUAGGACAAAGUCUUUGAGUUCUAACACGGUUGUAGUAUCACAACCUCAUAUGUCUGUCAUGAGCCAACCAAAUUCACAACAACGAAUUCCACCACCAAAUAUAACAAUUUCUGGAUCUCUAAAUGAGUUUUUUCCUAAUUCUGGUCAACUGCCAAACUCAGCAGUCAUGCACCCGACAAAUUUCACUAUUUCAAAUGCAGGACCUACUUCUACAACAUCAUUAGGUACUAAUCAGACUAAUAGAGGUGUGGCAAGCAUAGUAACAACAGUGAGUGCUUCUUCAUUUGAUGAUGUGGUUACCGCUUCCUCCAGUAACUCUAGCUCCCAUUGUGGAUCAUCCAGUAUUGAACUUCAAGAAAAAUCACAGUUUACUGAAAAGGUGAAAGCAAGGGAAAUCACAAUGCAGCAGGUGCAACUACCUCUGCAGACAACACAGAUGCAGAUAGCAGUUUCUUCUAUCAGUGGAAUUAGUUCACCUGUUUCUGUGAUGCAGUUUUCGCAGCCACAACAAACUGGGGGGCAAGUUGUUAAUAAGCCUCAGACUGUAUCUUCUUCACAAAUGCCUCCUCAUUCAGUAUCCCAUGCUCAAUCUCUUCCUCAGUCAUCAACACCUCAACCACAAUCACAACAAAUACCAAUACAGCAACCUCCUAGAUCAGCAUCAGUUCCAGAAAGUACAGGAAAUUGUCCCCAGACAACAUUUAUUUCCCAGAAAGUAGUACUACAAGACCAAGUGCAGAGGAUACCUUCUAACCAUCAUCAAAAUUUUCAUGCCUCACAAAAUUCAUUAUCACAGUUCUCAAAAACAGACUCUGCACCAUCAAAUACAAACAGUAUUUCUUCAGAAGAAGUUAGUUCUGUGACUCUGUCAGAAGAUAAUUUAAAUAAUUCUCUUGGUGUUACCAUGGAAUUUCCUACAUCUUCAGUAUCUCCUACGACUUCAGUUGUUUCCACUAUCACCACAGUUAUUCCAUGUACAGCUACUGUAGGAACAUCUGCUUGGGACUGUGAUAAAAUUACAAACAGUACAGUUAUUAAAAUGGAAGUAGAAUCCACAGAAAUAAAGAAAGAAAUAAAAGAAAAUAUAACAGAAAUAAAACCUGAAGAUCAAAUUGAAGUGAAAAAUGAACUAACAGGAAAAAAAUCUGCACCAGGUAUUAAUUCCUGCAUUACAGCUAUAAAAGAUGAAGUGCCACCUAUGAAACAAGAUUCAAUAGUUUCUCAAUCGUGUACAAUUUCAGAAUCAUCUAGUGUUUCUAGUGAUGUUAAAAAUGAACCAUUUGAAGCAGGUUCUCAACCACCACCUAAGCCAAAACCAAACAAAAAAAUAUUUAAACCAGAUGAAUUACGACAAGCACUAAUGCCUACAUUGGAAAAAUUGUAUAGACAAGACCCAGAGUCACUUCCAUUUAGACAACCUGUAGACCCUCAAAUGCUACAAAUACCUCAUGAUCUCGAUCGUACCCGGCUGCCCUGGUUACCAAGGAAAGAUCUAUCUACACUGAAAGAUUACUUUGACAUAAUAAAAAAACCUAUGGAUUUAUCUACUAUAAAGAGAAAGCUUGAUACAGGACAAUAUCAAGAUCCUUGGCAGUAUGUAGAAGAUGUGUGGUUGAUGUUUGAUAAUGCAUGGCUGUAUAAUAGAAAGACAUCACGAGUCUAUAGGCAUUGCACAAAGCUAGCAGAAGUGUUUGAACAAGAGAUAGAUCCUGUUAUGCAAUCACUUGGAUACUGUUGUGGGAGAAAAUAUGUAUUCCAGCCACAAGUGCUUUGUUGCUAUGGAAAACAACUUUGUACAAUACCCAGGGAUGCUAAGUACUGGAGCUUUCAGAAUAGUUCAAAGCAAUUUGGCCUUCUUUCUGACAGAUAUACCUACUGUCAACGAUGUUUUUCAGAAAUACAGGGUGACACUGUCACUCUCGGGGACGAUCCUACAGCACCACAAACAACAAUACGAAAGGAUCAGUUUGUUGAAAUGAAAAAUGACCAUUUAGAGUUAGAGCCAUUUGUUGAAUGUACUGAGUGUGGAAGAAAACUUCAUCAAAUAUGUGUAUUGCAUUUAGACAGCAUUUGGCCUGAGGGCUUUACCUGUGAUAACUGUUUGAAAACCAAGGGAAAAAAGAGAAAAGAAAAUAAAUUUUCAGCCAAAAGAUUCCCUCAGACUAAGCUAGGAAAUUACAUAGAGAACAGGGUGAAUAAUUUUAUCAGGAAGAAGGAAGUAGGAGCUGGAGAGGUGACUGUUAGAGUUGUUGCUAGUGGAGAUAAGGUUGUGGAAUUGAAGUCUGGAAUCAGAAGUCGGUUAAUAGAGAAUGGACAGGUUCCUGAGCAGUUUCCAUAUAGAGCUAAAGCUUUAUUUGCUUUUGAAGAAGUUGAUGGGGUAGAUGUAUGUUUUUUCGGAAUGCAUGUGCAAGAGUAUGGUUCCGAGUGUCCUAUGCCAAAUAUGAGGCGAGUUUAUAUAGCCUACCUUGACAGUGUUCAUUUCUUCAAACCCAAACAGUAUCGGACAGCAGUGUACCACGAGAUACUCCUUGGGUACUUAGAGUAUGUGAAACAGUUGGGAUUCACAAUGGCUCAUAUCUGGGCUUGUCCACCCAGUGAGGGAGAUGAUUAUAUAUUUCACUGCCACCCAGCUGAGCAAAAAAUUCCAAAACCAAAGAGGUUACAGGACUGGUAUAAAAAGAUGUUGGAUAAAGGCAUCAUUGAGAGAAUAGUCCUGGAUUACAAGGAUAUCCUAAAACAAGCAACAGAAGACAACUUCAGUAGUGCAGUAGAGCUUCCAUACUUUGAGGGAGAUUUUUGGCCUAAUGUAGUUGAAGAAAGCAUUAAAGAACUAGACCAAGAAGAAGAGGAAAAACGUAAAGCAGCAGAAGCUUCAGCUGCAGCAGCUGCUGCUGCUUGUGAAGGUUUUGUGGAAAUUGAAGCAGAGGGAGACACUAGUCAGGGAAAGAAGAAAGGUCUAAAAAGUAACCGAAAAAAAGCCAACAAGAACAAAAAUAAUCAAAGGAAGAACACCAAAAAAUCUAAUGUUCCUAAUACUGGCAAUGACUUAACUGCCAAAAUUUACUCCACAAUGGAGAAGCACAAAGAGAUGUUUUUUGUGAUACGCCUUCAUUCAGCACAAGCAGCUGCUAAUCUACCUCCAACCCAGGAACCAGAUCCCCUUAUUAAUUGUGAUUUGAUGGAUGGUAGAGACACAUUUCUUACUAUAGCUAGAGAAAAGCAUUAUGAAUUUUCUUCCCUUCGUCGUUGCAAAUUUUCAACAAUGGCAAUGUUGUAUGAGCUUCAUAAUCAAGGACAGGAUCGCUUUGUAUAUACAUGUAAUAACUGUAAGACUCAUGUGGAGACACGAUACCACUGUACAGUUUGUGAUGAUUUUGAUCUUUGUGUUACCUGCUUUGACAAAAAUGGUCAUCCUCAUAAAAUGGAGAAACUUGGGUUUGACUUGGAUGAUGGCUCAACUCCCACUGAUCAGAAGCAAACUACUCCACAGGAGUCAAGAAGAUUGUCCAUUCAAAGAUGUAACCAGUCAUUGGUCCAUGCUUGUCAGUGCAGAGAUGCCAAUUGCCGGCUGCCCAGUUGUCAGAAGAUGAAACGAGUUGUCCAGCAUGCCAAAAUGUGCAAGCGAAAGACAAAUGGUGGUUGUCCUAUCUGCAAGCAACUCAUUGCUUUAUGCUGUUAUCAUGCAAAGCAUUGUCAGGAAGCUAAGUGUCCUGUUCCAUUCUGCUUGAAUAUCAAAUACAAACUUAGACAGCAACAACUUCAACAAAGGGUACAGCAAGCUCAAAUAUUACGAAGACGAAUUGCUAGCAUGGCAACAAUGCAGAACCGUGGAAUGCCAAGUCAACUCCCACAAGCUAGUCCAGGAGGUCCCACUACAUCAAAUCAGACAUCUCCAAUUCCUCAGCCACACACCUCUCCUCACCAUUCUCAGUCUGGAAUUGGUGUAAAACCUACUACCACUGGUCCUCCAGUUGGUGCACUUCAAGCCGUCCAGGCAGUUCAAGCAGCAGCUGCAAGACAACAGGCACCUCACAUUGUAGCUGCUGGAAGCUAUGGAAAAGGUAAUCCUAUAGUUACUACAGCAGCUUGUGGACCAGUUUUACUGCCUUCCAGCCAGCCCCAUCAUCAAAACCAGAAGCCUGUUGGACAAAUGGCAUCUUCCAUGGGAACUAGAGUUACCAACGUUGGAGCUCUAAAACACUGGGAAAAUAACUACAGUCAACAAGGGUCCACUCCCAUUCAACCGCAGCAUUCACCACAGCCAGAACAAGUUGGUCUUCGACAGACUGGCCAAGUAUUAGUGCCUGGCUCUGGAAGUCCCACAGUUAUGGGCCCUCCUCAAGGUGCAGCAGGUCAGUCUCUUGGAAUUCAAAGACCUUCUCAGUUACCCCAAGGUUUGCCACAGUUGUUGCAGAUGUUGAAGUCUCCAACUUCUCCACAUCAGCAGCAACAAGUAUUGCAGAUUUUAAAAACUAGUCCUCAGUUAAUGGCUUAUUUUAUCAAGCAGAGAACUGCCCAACAACAAGCUCAGCAGCAAGCACAACAGCAACAAAUGAUGGUUACUAGCCAAGGAAAUAUUGUUGGUGCUACUCAACCAAGCCAACUGACACAACAACAACAGUGGUUUCAGAAGCAACAGUUAUUGGCAAUGCAAAGAAAGCAGCAGCAACAACAACAACAACAGGGACAGUUUUCCCAACCCCAGUCUCCUGUGUAUGCCCAGUGUCAGCGUCCAUCCCAUCCAAUGAACUUCAAUCCUCAUCAACAAAAUUUUCAAACUGAUAGUGCUGGGCAAUUUACACAAUAUCAGCAGCAACAACAAAUACUUAUGCAGCCUCACCAAGUACAGCAACUGAAACAACAUAUGACAUCACCAAACCAUUCCCCCAUGAGUCCACAGCAAGGACUGAUGGGACAUCCUCAGUCAUCACACCAAUUAAUGCAGACUGGACGGUCACCCCCAUCCACUACUGCUCAACUGGUACAGGCUGUAAGAUCCCCACAGCCUAUUACUUCACCCAGAAGUCAACCUCCAACACAGCAGACUCAACCAGUUUCUUCCCCGCGACAACAGCUUGUACACUCUCCUCAUUAUCCAUCUCAGACACAUUCCCCUCAUCCAGGCAUCUCUAUAGCUAGUGGAACACCUUCGCUCCCUGGGCAUGAUCUGAUGACAUCCAACAAUGACAUGAUGCUUACUCAAUUCUCCAAACCUGUUUCAACUCACAGUAGCCUAACCGGCCAGUUACAGAGUCCUACAAGUCAAGAUCUAGGACUUUCAAGGAAUGACUCUGAUAUAACUCGGCUGACACCACAAGAACAGCUGAGUAAUUAUGUGGAUAAUUUGUAGUCAUUAUUGCCCUUAGUGGUAAUUUUGUGUGAUGAACUAUUUAAAUACUGUAACCUUGAACUUACUUUGGCAGAAAAUACUGCCUCGGCAGUGUUGGUGUUUUAAUAAUGUAAUUUUUUUACCUGAUGUGUUGAAAAUGUCAUCGGAACUGCUCACGCAAUUUAGGACAGUGAUGUAGCAUGUAAUUUUUUUUCUACAGAGAUAAGCCUUAUAUACCCAUGCUGUGUUAAUAAUGUGCAGUUUUUGUAUAGUUGCAACAUGAAUUUAUCAGUACAGAUGUUAUUGUAUCAUUGAAAAUAUUAUUUCGAAGUAAUUUUUCUAGUUUUAAUUCUAGGGUGGUAGCUGUCUUUUUCAUUUGUAGUUUCAUAUUACUUUAAUAUGAUUUAAUGAUCCCAAUCAUGCAUGUGUCCAUAAAAUAGAAAUUAACACAAUGUAAAACAGAAUAGAAAACAUCACAUUUAUACAUUAAGCAAGUUGUAUCAAAGCUCACAUCUAGCCAUUAUUAUGCAACUCCCUUAACAAUGAAAAAGUAAAAAUUAUUGAACAUUUAUAAACAUUUGGAUUAAAGUUAACUUUUCCGAUAAAGUUACACAUAACUUACAAACUGUUUUCUUUAGUACAUGAUAAUAGGGAGACAUUCCAGUCAUUACCCAAAAGAAUCAUUUUGCUGUGAUGUGGGAAGUCAACAUUGAACUGGUUUAUGUGAAAAAGACGUGUUGUCUUUAUGGUACAAAGUAAACCUGCCUUUUUCUCAUCUAGGUUCUUGUUCUCUUAAAAACUUCAGUUUAAUAGUUGUUGAUGAGACUUGCUAAAUGGGCCAAAUAAUAUUUGAGAUAAAAGAUACUUCUGCCAUAGUUCAGUAGAUCCUUAGCAUAAAUGGAGAGCUGUAUAAGGUUUGUCAUUCAGCUUUACUCGGUUUAUAUCUGAUUUUCUGAUGAUCAUAGAUUUUAAAUUGUUUCAUUUUCAAAAAUAAUGUUUCAUUUCUGAUUGUGUGUGUGAGUAAUGUACACUGAUCAGUUUAGGUUUCAGAAUGGUCUGAUAGAGCAUUGUAUAUAGUGUACACAUUUUGAAUGGCCCUGUUUAAAUAAAAACUAUAAAGUAAGUGCUAAUGUCGAAAUGUUGUUGAGAAUUGGCUUAUAAAAUAUUUGUAACAUGAGUUAAUCCAAGAAUUAUUGAUGGGAUCUGUGUAGACCCCAUUGGCUCUUUUAAUCAGUUUUAAACUAUGUGUGCACCUAAUGAGUUGUUGAUCUGUGACUUUUGGUGUACAAGUCUAUAAUAACAUAUGAAUUGAACAGAAAUACCAAUAUUAUGGUUGAUUCUACUAAUUACAAUUGGGGUUUCCCAAGUAUUUUAGUGAUUUUGCUUAAUUUUUGUGGUUAGUUCUUUACACUGAGUAUUGUGACAGGCAAAAGCAUAAAAUUAUCCAAAAUGAAGCAAUAUAUGGACCCUACUGGUAGUGAAUAGUGUAAAAAACAACAAUUUUAAGUUUAUUCAUAAAAUAUUUGUAUAUUGUAUAAAAAAUAUAGCCCUUAUAGAUUAGUUUUAAUUCACAGACAUUCACAUCUCAGAGAAAUGGGAGUUUUAUACCAGUUAUGUAAUAUUUCUUAAAACCAACAUAAAUGUCAUAAAACUUCA